AUGGCUAAAGCUAUUGUUCCUUUACUAAAAAAACAACGAUCAGGCUCAAUAAUUCAAAUAGUUAGUAUGAGUGGUUGGAUUGCUCAACCUGAAUUUGUACCUUAUAGUACAACAAAAGGAGUUGUUCUACAAAUGACACGUAAUUUAGCACUUGAUUUAGGUCCAUUUAAUAUUCAAUAUAAUGCUAUUUGUCCUGAUACUAUACUUACAUCAGCUACAAAUAAUCAUGCAGCUCAUUUAAAAUUAACAAUCGAUGAAUUUGCUAUAGAAGAAGGAAACAAUACAAUGUUUAAAACGAUUGGGUUUACAUCAAGAGAUAGCUAA